AUGGAAACCAACUUCUCCAUCCCUCUGAAUGGAUCUGGUGAGGAGCCCCAUGAGCCUCCUGGCUACGCUGUUGUGAAUAUCCUCUCAUUGGUGGUGCUUGGGAUCACUUUUGUCCUCGGCAUCCUGGGCAACGGGCUUGUGAUCUGGGUGACUGGAUUCCGGAUGGCACGCACAGUCACCACCCUCUGUUACCUGAACCUGGCCAUAGCUGACUUCUCUUUCAGUGCUACUAUUCCAUUCCUCAUGGUCUCAAUGGCCAUGAGAGAGCAAUGGCCUUUUGGCUGGUUCCUAUGCAAGUUAGUUGACAGUGUGGUGGACAUCAACCUGUUUGGAAGUGUCUUCCUAAUUGCUUUCAUUGCUCUAGACCGCUGUAUUUGUGUCCUGCAUCCCGUCUGGGCCCAGAACCACCGCACUGUAGGUCUGGCUACAAAGCUGAUCAUUGGACCCUGGGUUCUUGCUGUACUCCUUACCUUCCAAAUUUUCAUUUUCGUGACUACAGUAAAGGAUGAGAAAGGGAAUACAUACUGUACUUUCUACUUUAGAUCCUGGGGUAACACCAUGGAAGAGAGGAUUAAGGUGUUCAUCACCGUGAUGACAACCAGAGGGAUCAUCCGGUUUAUCAUUGGCUUCAGUAUGCCGAUGUCCAUCAUCGCUAUCUGCUAUGGGCUCAUUGCUGCCAAGAUGCACAAAAAAGCUAUGAUAAAAUCCAAUCGUACCUUACGGGUCCUCACUGCUGUUGUGGCUUCUUUCUUUCUCUGUUGGUUCCCCUUUCAACUGCUGGCCCUUCUGGACACAGUCUGGAUCAAAGAAAUAUAUUUUGGUGGUAAGUACAAAAUCAUUGCUGUCCUGCUUAUCCCAACGAGCUCCCUGGCCUUCUUUAACAGCUGCCUCAACCCAAUACUCUAUGUCUUCGUGGGUCGAGACUUCCGAAAGAGACUGAUCCACUCCCUGCCAGCCAGUCUGGAGAGGGCCCUGAGUGAGGACUCAGCCCAGACCACUGACACAACAACCAAAUCUUCUUCAUCCCCUGCAGAAGUCCAGCUACAGGCAAUGUAA